CUGAUGAAGAUCACAGAGAACUUCCUGAGGAGAAUGAAGCAGGAGGAGCUGGCUGAUCGACUGCAGAGCAGUAAGAGGAUUUCUCUGAAGAAGAAGUUCCAGUGUGUGUUUGAGGGAAUCACUAAAGCAGGAAACCCAACCCUUCUGAAUGAGAUCUACACAGAGCUCUACAUCACAGAGGGAGGAACUGGAGAGCUGAAUGAAGAACAUGAGGUCAGACAGAUUGAAGCAGCAUCCAGGAAAGCAGACAGAGCAGAAACCAGCAUCAGACAAGAAGAGCUCUUUCAACUCCCAGCUGGAAGACAAGAACCAAUCAGAACCGUGAUGACAAAGGGAGUGGCUGGCAUCGGGAAAACAGUCUUAACACAGAAGUUCACUCUGGACUGGGCUGAAGGCAAAGCCAACCAGAACAUCCACUUCACAUUUCCAUUCACUUUCAGAGAGCUGAAUGUGCUGAAAGAGGAGAAGUUCAGCUUGGUGGAACUUGUUCAUCACUUCUUCCCUGAAACCAAAGAAGCAGGAAUCUGCAGCUUUGAAGACUUCCAGGUCAUCUUCAUCUUUGAUGGUCUGGAUGAGUGUCGACUUCCUCUGGACUUCCACAAGACUCGGAUCCUAAAUGACCCUAGAAAGUCCACCUCAGUGGGUGAUCUGCUGACAAACCUCAUCAGGGGGAACCUGCUUCCCUCUGCUCGCCUCUGGAUAACCACACGACCUGCAGCAGCCAAUCAGAUCCCUGCUGAGUGUGUUGACAUGGUGACAGAGGUCAGAGGGUUCAAUGAUCCACAGAAGGAGGAGUACUUCAGGAAGAGAUUCAGAGAUGAAGAGCAGGCCAGCAGGAUCAUCUCCCACAUCAAGAGAUCCCGAAGCCUCCACAUCAUGUGCCACAUCCCAGUCUUCUGCUGGAUCACUGCUACAGUUCUGGAGGAUCUGCUGAAGAGCAGAGAGGGAGGAGAGCUGCCCAAGAGCCUGACUGAGAUGUACAUCCACUUCCUGGUGGUUCAGGCCAAAGUCAAGAAGGUCAAGUAUGAUGGAGGAGCUGAGACAGAUCCUCACUGGAGUCCAGAGAGCAGGAAGAUGAUGGAGUCUCUGGGAAAACUGGCUUUUGAGCAGCUGCAGAAAGGAAACCUGAUCUUCUAUGAAUCCGACCUGACAGAGUGUGGCAUCGAUAUCAGAGCAGCCUCAGUGUACUCAGGAGUGUUCACACAGAUCUUUAGAGAGGAGAGAGGCCUGUACCAGGACAAGGUGUUCUGCUUCAUCCAUCUGAGUGUUCAGGAGUUUCUGGCUGCUCUUCAUGUCCACCUGACCUUCAUCACCUCUGGAAUCAACCUCAUGGAGGAAGACCAACAGAAAAAGCUGUGGUUUCCUGUUAUUUUUCAAAACAACUUAGUCGAGUUCUACCAGAGUGCUGUGAACAAGGCCCUAGAGAAUCCAAACGGACGCCUGGACUUGUUCCUCCGCUUCCUCCUGGGUCUUUCACUGCAGACCAAUCAGAAUAUCCUACGAGGUCUGGUGACUCAGACAGGAAGUAGCUCACAGACCAAUAAGAAAACAGUCCAGUUCAUCAAGGAGAAGAUCAAUGAGAAUCUGUCUGCAGAGAAAAGCAUCAACCUGUUCCACUGUCUGAAUGAACUGAAUGAUGGUUCUCUAGUGGAGGAGAUCCAACAGUUACUGAGGUCAGGACGUCUCUCUGCAGAUGAACUGUCUCCUGCUCAGUGGUCUGCUCUGGUCUUCAUCUUACUGUCAUCAGAAAAAGACCUUGAAGAGUUUGACCUUCAGAAAUACUCUGCUUCAGAAGAGACUCUUCUGAGGCUGCUGCCAGUGAUCAAAGCCUCCAACAAAUCUCUACUGAGAGACUGUAAUCUGUCAGAGAGAAGCUGUGCAGCUCUGUCUUCAGUUCUCAGCUCUCAGUCCUCCAGACUCAGAGAUCUGGACCUGAGUUACAACAGGCUGCAGGAUUCAGGAGUGAAGCUGCUGUCUGUUGGACUAAAGAGUUCAAACUGUAAAAUGGAGACUCUCAGGUUGGUCAACUGCAGUCUGUCAGAAAUCAGCUGUGAAGCUCUGUGCUCAGCUCUGAAGUCCAACCCGUCCAAUCUGACAAAACUUGACCUGAGCUUUAACAACCUGCAGGAUUCAGGAUUUCUAUAUUUGUGUGGUUUUCUGGAGAGUCCAGACUGCAGACUGCAGACUCUGAGGUUGGUGAGUUGCCAUUUAUCAGAGAUCAGUUAUAAAGCUCUGGUCUCAGCUCUGAAGUCCAAUCCAUCCAAUCUGACAGAGCUGGACCUGAGUGAAAACAGCCCACAGGGUUUAGGAAUUCUUCAUCUGUGUGGGUUUCUGAAGAGUCCAGACUGCAGACUGCAGACUCUGAGGUUGAAGAACUGUAGUUUGCCGGAAAGAAGUUGUGAAAAUCUGAUCUCAGCUCUGAAUUCUAACCCGUCCAAUCUGACAGAACUGGACCUGAGUGACAACAACCUUCAGAAUUCAGGAUUUUUUUAUCUGUGUGGUUUUCUGGAGAAUCCAAACUGCAGGCUGCAGACUCUGAGAUUGAAAACUUGCAGUUUGUCAGAAAUAAGCUGUGACGCUUUGGGCGCUGCUCUGACGAACAACCCAUGUAAUCUGACAGAACUGGACCUGAGCCAAAACAACCUGCAGGAUUUAGGAGUUUUGUAUGGUUUCCUGGAGAGUGGAGACUGCAGACUGCAGACUCUGAGGUUGGUCAACUGCAGUUUGUCAGAAAUCAGCUGUGAAGCUCUGAGCUCAGCUCUGAAGAACAACCCAUCUAAUCUGAUAGAACUUGACCUGAGCUUCAACAACCUAUGGGAUUCAGGAGUUCUUCAUUUGUGUGGUUUUCUGAAGAGUCAAGACUGCAUACUCCAGAUUCUGAGAUUGUGGAGCUGCAGUUUGUCAAAGAUCAGCUGUACUGCUCUGGUCUCAGCUCUGAAGUCCAACCCAUCCCACCUCACAGAACUGAACCUGAAAGACAACGAUCUUCAGUCUCCAGAUGUUCAGCAGCUCCAGGAUAUGGUGGAGAGUCCAAACUUCAAACUGCAGACUCUGAGAUGGUGGUGAAUCUGAUGUUUGUCCUUUUGGAUCAGAGGGUGCCAUCAUCAUCAUCUGGUCUGCAGAGAUGUUGUUCCUGGAGGUGGAGAGCAGAGUGAUGAUGGAAUCAGAGGAAGUGGAGAUGAGUGUCAGAGCUGCAGCAUGAACUGAUCUGAGAUCAGCUCCACUGUCUCUCUCAGCAUCAAGUGUACAGUUAAUGAAAAAAAAAAAAAAAGUGUACAGUUAAUGUGCUGCAGCUCCCCUGGUGGACUGAUGGAGAACUGCACUUUAUCUAAUUUUUUUUUAACUUGUCCUGUCCAACAGCUGAGCAAACAGAUAAGAGCUCAAUGCCUCUUGUUUUGGACAUAUUUUAUCGUUACAAUGGGUCUUCUGACAUAAGGUGUAUAAUUGUAUAAAACCAUUUUGUAAUUUGGGUUCAGCUUUAUUUUUAUUGGUUAUAUUUGUAUUAUUUUUUGUUGUACUAGAUAGAAAAGAAGAAAGGGGAAGAGAGAAGGGGUACAAGAGAAAGGUGGAAUGAGGGAAAGAAAUAGGAGGAUGAUUACGUAGUAGGAGGGGACUAAUAAA